AUGGCGAACGCUAAACUUAAAGUUUUCGAGGAGGCUCUUCUACGAGAAGAACUUGAAAAAGAUUUUGAAUUACCAGAGUUAGAGGUUCCCAAAAUUGAAGCAGAUGAGCGCACUUCGCAAUUGGUACAUUUUAACCCCCUACCAAUGGGAAAGGUAUCAUGUUCCGAGCAAAAUCCUGAGCCGCUAAGCAUGCCAGAACAAAUAAAGCUUCCAUUGCACCCCACCCUUAAAGAAAGAAAAUCAGAGAAAACGGACUUCCUCCCUGAACUUCACAUCCUAAACCCGGAUCUACCUCAGCAGCAAUCCACAGAUGAGGAUCGUGUAGUGCCACAAAAUACCAUUUUUAAUUGGCAACCACUUACAUCUUCGACCCCUUUGAAAGAUAUCACUGGAAGUCAGCUGAUUGAUUCGCUUACAGUCACAAAUCAACAGAUAGUUGCGGGCCUAGCGAGACAGAAUCUCCCAAAAUGCCAGCCUGACACAUUCUCUGGGGACCCUACCCUCUUCCAUUCCUGGAAAACUGCCUUCAAAGCUAUGCUGUUAGACGCUGAUGUAUCCCCAAUCCAGAAGAUA